GACUGACAGUUCAUGUGUUUCGCUUGAACAAUUCGCCGCUGUGAUUGUUAGUGUGCUGUAAGCGAAUCUGUAGCGAGCUACUUCAACUACAUCCGCUAGCUGCCAUUAUAAUUUCUUUUCCUUUGCGACGUCAAACAAUCGACAAGUAAAAUGAGUUCGUUAAAACUCCAAAAACGGCUCGCAGCCUCGGUUAUGCGAUGCGGUAAAAAGAAGGUUUGGUUGGACCCAAAUGAAAUCAAUGAAAUCGCCAACACAAACUCAAGACAAAAUAUUCGCAAGCUGAUUAAGGAUGGUCUCAUCAUUAAGAAGCCCGUUGUUGUACACUCCAGAUAUCGUGUGCGUAAAAAUACGGAAGCUCGCCGAAAGGGUCGUCACUGUGGUUUCGGUAAGCGCAAGGGUACAGCCAAUGCACGUAUGCCAACCAAAUUCUUGUGGAUGCAACGUCAACGUGUAUUGCGUCGCCUGUUGAAGAAAUACCGUGACAGCAAGAAAAUCGAUCGUCAUUUGUACCACGAUUUGUACAUGAAGUGCAAGGGUAAUGUAUUCAAGAACAAGCGUAUCUUGAUGGAAUACAUUCACAAAAAGAAGGCUGAGAAGCAACGUACAAAGAUGUUGAACGAUCAAGCCGAAGCCAGACGUCAAAAGGUACGUGAAGCACGUAAACGACGUGAAGAACGUAUUGCCACCAAAAAACAAGAGCUCCAAGCAAUCCACGCUGAAGAGGAUAAAUCGGCUGCAGCUGCCGCUGCCAAAAAUUAAUUCAUCUCCACCGGAUUAAUUGAUUGAUUGAUUGAUUCAUUUAAUAAACAAAAACUUAUAAUUUUAUCGAUAUGAAAUGCGUCAAAUAAAAAGUAUUUCAUUCGUAAAAUGAAAACAUCA